CAUUAUUCCCUUCCAAUGUCUCUCUAUAGUUGCUUUCAUUCUUGUGUUAUUUGUCUCAUCUUUAACGGCAACAUUGUUUGAUUUUGAUAUUAAAGUGUCUUGAACUUCGUGUCCAUGUCUAUUUCUCUUUGUUUUUUCUUCUUUGUACUUUUUUUUGAAUCUUUGUUUGUUUCUUCUGGGUUGUUGAUUUAGUGUUUCAGAUGGGUUUUGCCGGUUGUUUUUUGAUGUAAAGUUGGAAACUUGAGAUGAAUAGACUAAAGGGUCGUGGUUAUUAUGAUGAAGAUAUGAGUUCUUGUUCUAAGGUGGUUGUUGUUGCGGUGAAAGGUUCGAAAGAUAUUUCAAAGACUGCUCUGGUUUGGGCUUUGACUCAUGUUGUUCAACCUGGGGAUUGCAUUAAGCUUUUGGUUGUCAUUCCUGCAAUUUCAUCAAGGAAGAAGGUAUGGGGAAUUUCAAGAUUUACGACUGAUUGUGCUACGAGUAAUUGGACAUCGCGAUUAGGAACUGUUUCGGAUCAGAAAGAAGUUAUUACGAAUUCGUGUUCUCAAUUAGUACUUCAGCUUCAUGAUUUUUAUGAUCCGGAGAAGAUAAAGAUCAGAGUGAAGAUUCUUUCUGGUUCGCUGUGCGGUGCGGUGGCGGCUGAAGCCAAGAGAGUUCAGUCAAGCUGGGUUAUAUUGGACAGAAAACUGAAAGGUGAACAGAAACAUUGCAUGGAUGAGCUGCAUUGCAAUAUUGUAAUGAUGAAGCAUUCUCACCCGAAGAUUCUGCGUUUGAAUUUGAAUAGUUCGCCUAAGAAGGAACUCGGAAGAGAUUGUUCACUGUCGCUAGAGCCGAAUGCGUAUAGAAAUUUGAAAGACAAUUUUGAAUAUUCAGAUAUAAUCAAAGGUCCAGCAGUUACUCCUGCUAGUAGUCCUGAACAAGGGUCGCCACCAUUGACUGUAACUGAUAUUGGAACAGCGUCGAUAUCAAGCUCCGAUCCUGGAACGUCCCCGUUUUUUCACUCUGACAAUUAUGAAAGACGAAGGAGAUGUUUUCCCUUUGUCGUUCACGAGGGACUGGCGAACCUCGAGGAAUCUGACUCGGAGAGUGAAAAGCUAAGUUCAUCGUCGAAAAGUUCGUCUUUUCAGCCAUGGAUUUCGAAUGUAAUUUGUGUAGGCGGCGAGUACUCAAAACACGAGGACAAUAUUCAAAGAUGUAGUGAUAGUAAGGCUUUGGUUUCUACCUAUGAAGCUUUGCUUCAUAAACUCACGAUUUUGGAUCAAGAUCCUAUCUUCGGAGUUCCUGCUUGUAAAAUUGACGUGAACUUAAGCAAAAGCGUUCGAGAAGUGAUUUCACUCGCUAGAAAUGCGCCUCACGGACCUCCUCCAUUGUGCUCUAUUUGUCAGCACAAAGCACCUGUAUUUGGGAAUCCUCCGAGGUGGUUUACAUUUGCGGAAUUACAACUUGCCACGGGUGGUUUUUCGCAAGCAAACUUUUUGGCCGAAGGUGGUUUUGGUUCGGUACACCGCGGUGUGUUACCUGAAGGACAAGUUGUUGCUGUUAAGCAGUAUAAAUUAGCCAGUACUCAAGGAGAUAAAGAGUUUUGCUCAGAAGUAGAGGUCUUAAGCUGCGCACAACACCGCAAUGUUGUGAUGCUAAUUGGAUUCUGUGUUGAGGAUGGAAGAAGAUUGCUAGUUUAUGAGUAUAUCUGCAACGGGUCGCUGGAUUCUCAUCUCUACGGACGGAUGCAGAAUGUGCUUGAUUGGUCUGCACGCCAGAAAAUCGCGGUUGGAGCAGCUCGUGGUUUGAGAUAUCUUCAUGAGGAAUGUAGAGUUGGUUGCAUUGUACACCGUGAUUUGCGGCCUAACAAUAUUCUCCUCACUCAUGAUUUUGAAGCAUUAGUGGGAGAUUUCGGACUUGCUAGGUGGCAGCCAGAUGGAGAUAUGGGUGUGGAAACACGGGUGAUAGGAACAUUCGGGUAUUUGGCACCAGAGUAUGCUCAAAGUGGUCAAAUUACUGAAAAAGCUGAUGUGUAUUCAUUUGGGAUAGUAUUACUAGAGCUUGUGACAGGUCGGAAAGCUGUGGAUAUUGGCCGGCCGAGGGGCCAGCAAUGCCUUAGCGAAUGGGCACGGCCAUUGCUUGAAGAACAAGCAAUUGAUAAACUUGUAGAUCCGAGCAUAGGAAAGUGCUAUGUUGAUCAAGAGGUUUAUCGCAUGAUGCAAUGUUCGUCUAUGUGUAUCCGACGAGAUCCACAUUUAAGGCCUCGAGUGUCUCAGGUGCUCAAGAUGCUGGAAGGUGACAUUCUCAUGUGAUUGAUUGCUGACCACUUUUCCGUUUCCCAAGUAAAUCGGACCACGGCAGAAAACAAAGGACAAUGAGAUUCAGAGGCAGUGCAGACUGCAGAGGGAGGUUGAGGCUCUUCUUUUUAUAGGUGGAGAGAGAGUUUAAAGCUUGUUGCAUAUUCUUGUUUUUACUAUAGUAAGUUUUUGGUUUUAGUGAUGUAAAUAAUAGUAUUUGAGGGGAGAGAGGAACAUAUUAUUACUAUUGUUUAGUUGAUUGUACAGAACAAUAUUCCAGUUUUGAUUUUUCACAUCCCAGAGUAAUGAAAAUUUCAUCGAACAGUUACAUUC